GUUUAUCUAGAUAACAUCCUGUCAGUGGGCAGCACUAAACCAUAUCACCAUCUCAUUAUCUCGCGCUAUGAAGUAGCUAGAUACUAGUCAAUAUUUGGUGUUUCGAUUGCUUACAAAUUAAAAAAAAAGGACCUUACACUACAAUAGACCGAUCGCACAAAAUUAAAAUGUCGGAGCCAGACAUUUUGAAUGUCAUUCUUGUUGGUAGAACUGGGAACGGCAAAAGCUCCUGCGGAAACACCAUUCUCGGCAAGGAAGUCUUCCUCAGAAACACACAGGAAAAGGCAACAAGCCAACUUGGGGAGGUCAGCGGUAAGCCCUUCCGGGUCGUUGACGCCAGUGGGAUCGGGGACACGGGGAAGGAUCUCGGAACCAUCAAUCUGAUUGACACUUUAAAGUUCGUUAUGCAGUGUACACAUCUAGAUGAGCGUGAUGGCGUCAGGGGAGUUAUAGUUGUUGUCUUCAAACAUGGACAAAGAUUUACCGGCCAGGAAAAAAUAGCGAUUGAAGAAAUAAAGCGGACAUUUGGACAGGGCUGUUUAAAAGAGGUGGGAUUGUUGCUAUUCACAUACGGAGACUCUUUUGACUGCAAUUUCACCGAGUGGUGUUUGAACCAAACAGGUGACUUCAAAAAUCUAUAUGAUGAGUGUGGAGAAAGGUGCAUUCCGUUUAACAAUGUCACCAAAGAUCCUGCAACCAAGGGGGAACAACUCAAUAAUUUCUGGUCAAAAGUUGAAGAGAUACAAGGGCGAGGAAAUUGUCUUUUAAAACUAGACCCAAUGUUAAAGCAAAGGCUGCUCAGCGAUCACCAACAUUCCAUUGACCAGUAUAAAAAUGAUUUACAUUCAAAUAAUACAGAGCUCAGUAAAAUAGAUAUAAAAUUAAACCCGCAAAGCGUGCAAGGAUUAAUCGAUGCCUAUCCUCCCAAUAAUGCCAUUGAAUUAGAACAACGCCUACGUCUGCUAAGUGACAAGGUCAAGGCAAUGGAGAAUAACUCGAGCGCUGGCUGCAGCCAGUUAAUGAACCGCUGGACAACAUAUGUCGAUAUUCUAGAGCUUCAAAAACAUAUAGCCGCUGCAGGUGCUUCUGACCAUUUCCGAGAAGUGGACAGCUUGCAGGCCAGGGCUGUAACAAAUUGCUAUCUCUAUGAAUCUAGGAUGUUCCUACGAUUUGUUAUAGCCGUGAUGUUUGGGUGUAUCGUGGCAGCCAUUCUUGUCUAUGUCUUGUGCUUCAUUGCCAUAAAAGUACAAUAGAAAGGUAGAACAAGUUUAUUAAAAUUAAAUGCACUGUUCGCUAUACACCUAUGUGCAAUAUUCGCUAUUCACUAUACACCUAUGUGCAAUAUUCACUAUUUACUAUACACCAAUGUGCAAUAUUCGCUAUUUACUAUACACCAAUGUGCAAUAUUCGCUAAUCAGCAUACACAUAUGUGCAAUAUUUGCUAUUCACUAUACACUUUGUGCUGGGAUUGCGUAGCCACGAGAAUUACUGCAUAUCUCAUUAAUCUUCGGACUCGAAGACAAGCCCCGCGCUGGGGAGCUCCCCCUCCCCCAAACCCCCUUGCUGGCAAGGGCGGGGAGUCUACAAUUUUUCCACUAACUCCAGGAAGAAUCUAUUCUAGGGCACAAUAAAUAAACGUCUUCCGAAAGAAUGAAUAUUACAUUCUGACCCCUCUUUGGCUACGCUAAAAGCAUUUUGAGUGCGUAAUUUGCUUUUUUUUUUAUAUUGAAGAGGUAUUUUUUAGUUUCAAACCCCGAUGAAGAGGGGUUUAAGCUCAAAACCCCUUUGGCUACUUUCAUACAAUUUUGAGUGUGUACUUUGCUUUUUUUAUAUUGAAGAGGGGGGGGGGUAUCGUAAAUUUCGGAGGGGGUUUUAAAAUCUACAUCUUCACUAGCUAUGCUUUUAGAAUUUGCGGAUUAUCGUUUGCAUUAUUUUUUGUUUUAUUUUAUAGAAGAGGAGGGUUUAACUGCAAAACCCCCCUGGUAGGGGUCUUUAAACUUGCAACCCCCUUGACUGCGCUGGGGCAAGUGAUGGUUUAGUAUUAAAAUCUCACCUAAAAUAAAAUGAAAGCAAAAAAUCAGUUACUAAAUUCCGACCCCC